AGCAAGCGUAGGGAAGGAGGGAGCGACCUUCCUCUUAUCUAAAACCCUUCCCGCGUCGGGGGACUUCCAUUUCUUCACCCCCAUCCAAAGCAUGUCUUCGCUCUCUCUCCAAUUCAAAUUCCUCCAUCUCUCUCCGAAUCUCACCUCUCCUCACUUCCAAUCUCCACUCGCCCCUCACCAGUCCAUCAACUUCAGCAACCGAACCAAGCUCGAGCUCAAAGCUUCGUCGUCCUCGUCCUCUUCCUCUUCCUCUUCCUCGUCCCCUAGCUCGAAGCAACCGCAGCAACGACCGAAGAAGAGGCAAAGCGCGAGCGACGCGGAGAGAGGGAUUGAUCCGACGGGAUUCCUCACCAAGUCGGGCAUCUCCCACAAAGGCUUCGCUCAGUUCCUUCGCGAGAGGCAUAAAGCACUGAAGGACCUCAAGGAUGAGAUUUUCAAUCGUCACCUCAAUCUUAAGGAAAUGGCCUCUGGAUUUGAGAUAUUGGGUAUGCAUCGUCAUGUGGAACAUCGGGUAGAUUAUAUGGAAUGGGCUCCAGGUGCUCGCUAUUGUGCCCUUGUUGGUGACUUCAAUGGCUGGUCACCUACUGAAAAUUGUGCUAGAGAAGGUCACUUUGGCCACGAUGACUAUGGUUAUUGGUUUAUCAUUCUUGAAGAUAAGCUAAGGGAAGGAGAAAAGCCUGAUGAGCUUUACUUUCAGCAGUAUAACUAUGUAGACGACUAUGACAAAGGUGACAGCGGUCUUACAAUAGAAGAGAUUUUCAAGAAAGCAAAUGAUGAAUACUGGGAACCUGGAGAGGAUCGUUUUGUGAAAAAUCGAUUUGAAUUACCAGCAAAGUUAUAUGAGCAGUUAUUUGGGCCAAAUGGGCCUCAAUCGAUAGAGGAAUUGGGGGAAAUACCGGAUGCUGAGACGAGAUAUAGAGCUUUCAAAGAAGAGCAUAAGGACGAUCCACCUGGCAGCCGACCUCCAUUUGACGUUAUUGACAAUGAUAAAACUUAUGACAUCUAUAACAUAGCGGGUGAUCCUGUUUCCUGGGAAAAUUUUAAAGCUAAGAUGCCACCGAUAGCAUAUUGGUUGGAGACGCGUAAAGGGAGGAAAGCAUGGCUAAAAAAGUAUACUCCUGGUAUUCCUCAUGGAAGCAAAUAUAGGGUUUACUUUAAUACUCCCAGCGGGCCAUUGGAACGAGUUCCUGCUUGGGCUACCUAUGUACAGCCAGAUGCAGAAGGAAAGCAAGCUUUUGCUAUUCACUGGGAACCACCACCUGAAUGUGCCUACAAAUGGAAAAACCCUAGCCCGAAGGUGCCACUGUCUCUGCGUAUAUAUGAAGGCCACAUUGGAAUUAGUGGAUCCAAGGCAAAAGUAUCUUCCUUUAAUGAAUUCAGUGAGAAGGUUCUUCCUCAUAUCAAGGAUGCUGGUUAUAAUGCAAUACAAUUGAUUGGGGUAGUUGAGCACAAGGAUUAUUAUACCGUCGGUUAUAGAGUGACAAAUUUUUAUGCCGUGAGCAGCCGAUUUGGUACUCCUGAUGACUUCAAGCACUUGGUUGAUGAAGCACAUGGUCUUGGAUUGUUGGUCUUUUUAGAUAUUGUCCAUUCCUAUUCAGCUGCAGAUGAGAUGGUCGGUCUCUCACUAUUUGAUGGAUCAAACGACUGUUACUUUCAUACAGGUAAGCGAGGACAACACAAAUACUGGGGUACCCGAAUGUUCAGAUAUGGAGACCCUGAUGUCCUGCAUUUCCUUCUAUCUAAUCUAAAUUGGUGGGUUGUUGAGUAUCAUGUGGACGGUUUCCACUUCCAUUCUCUCUCAUCAAUGAUGUACACGCACAAUGGUUUUGCCUCUUUUACCGGAGACUUUGAAGAGUACUGCAACCAAUAUGUGGACAGGGAUGCAUUGAUGUACCUCAUUUUGGCAAAUGAAAUACUCCAUGCCCUUCAUCCAAAUAUAGUAACAAUUGCUGAAGAUGCGACAUCUUAUCCAGGCCUGUGUGAGCCAACUUCUCAGGGUGGAUUGGGAUUUGAUUACCAUGUCAAUUUAGCUGUAUCAGAGAUGUGGCUGUCUUUACUAGAAAAUACUCCAGAUCACGAGUGGAGCAUGAGUAAGAUUGUCAACACACUAAUUGGUAACCAACGCUACGCUGAUAAGAUGCUUAUUUAUGCGGAAAACCACAAUCAGUCCAUAUCUGGAGGACAGUCAUUUGCUGAGAUACUUUUUGGUAAAAUCAGGGAGCAUUCUUCUGGCUCAAAAGAUCUACUGCUUCGAGGCUGUUCAUUGCACAAGAUGAUCCGACUAAUAACGUUCACAAUAUGUGGCCAUGCUUUCCUCAACUUCAUGGGUAAUGAAUUUGGUCAUCCGGAGAGGGUCGAAUUUCCUAUGCCAAGCAACAACUUCACCUAUUCUCUGGCCAACCGGCGUUGGGAUCUGUUGGGGACUGGAGUGUAUCAAAAUCUAUUUUCCUUUGACAAGGACAUGAUGAUGUUGGACGAGAAUGAGAGGGUGCUUUCUAGAAGUUUUCCAAAUAUCCAUCAUGUGAAUGACUCCAGCAUGGUGAUAUCUUUUAUACGAGGUCCUCUUCUCUUCAUAUUUAACUUUCAUCCAACUGCUUCCUAUGAAAGAUAUGUGAUAGGCGUGGAAGAGGCUGGAGAGUACCAAGCGAUACUAAAUACAGAUGAAAAGGACUAUGGAGGACAAGGGGUUAUAGAGGAAAGCCAGUAUCUCCAGAGAACCAUUAGCCGACGAGCUGAUGGCUUACGGAAUUGCUUGGAAGUGGCUCUACCAAGUAGGACUGCCCAGGUGUACAAAUUGAAACGGAUCUUGAGGAUUUGAAUGUUAUUUAACUUUCUCAAGGAGACUUCAUUUGGAGGCUGGAGAGGACAAAGAAAUUAUAUUUUGCAGAGCUAAUUUUGAAACGCAAGAAGCGAACGAGAGAAAACACUGCUUGGCAUGUCAGCUCCAAAAGAUUACUUGCCCUUUUGACUAGCAUAAAUCAAUGCUAGUUGCUGGAGCAUUUUUCUGUGACAGAAAAAUUAAUUCCAAUUGAGGUAUUAGGUGGAAUUUCAGUCUAUUCACCCUUAGCUGCCUGGAGUAGUGAAAGUUUCAGCUCUCACCGCACGUGGAAUCAAUAUAAAUCAGAGUUGUAUCAGGGCUGAUCUUUCAGAAUCCUAAAGCACUUGCUCCCGUUUGGUGUCCUGGAGAGGAACGUUUGUGGUUGGUCUAAACUUCUCUGACAGGACGCCGGAAUUCGAAAUGGGUGAGAGGCAAGCAAAGAUCAUGCCCAUCCAUCGUCUUCUUUUUGGCUUCUCCAUUUGAUGAUGUAUGUCCAUUGCCUUUUACACAACCGUAUUGUCAAAGAUAAAAAUUGAUUCAACAGGAAGUUUGUAUUGUAAUUAGUGGACCAUCCAAAAGGCGCAUGAGAUCAUUUUUUU